CUGAGCUCAGGCCUCGUCUAUUUACAACGACGGUUUCCGGGCAGCGUAUCUAUUCCCUCCGGCAAAGCCCCGUCUUGGACUGAUCUGAUUGCAAUCAGUCGAAUGUCACACAUAUGAUUUGAUCUUCAGCAAUCAUGCCAAUUCCAACGCGUUCCCUUUCGCUUCGUGAGCCCCGCAAACAAAACUCUACUACAGUGCGCACAACAACGACGGGUAAGCCAGCAUCAACGACUUCGACAUCAGCAACCAGCACAUCUUCCAGCGCUGCGACCAGCACCGAGAACCUCGUGACGCGGAGCAAGAGCCUCCUGCCUAUUCGCGAUGAGGGACGUGCGACAAGAUCCUCUCGUCUACAACCACCGUCUGAGCCCCGCGUAUCCCAGCGGCCUAGCAAGCCUUCAGAUAAGGUCCCGCAAUCGCAGCAGCCCGCUCAAGAGAAUACCGGUAUCACCCGUCGCCAAAGCCUGAUCAGACCGAGCCCGCUGAAGCCUUCGGCACCUCUGAAGCCUACCUCUACCUCGUCCAGAAGGCCUACCGUUGCUCCAAGUCUGUCAUCGCCGAUUAAACAAGAGAUACCCUCCAGACAGAAUGGACGACCUUUAUCGCCGAAGAAAAUCGAGACAUCCGGGAGACAAAAUGGACGGCCUUUGUCCCCGAAGAAAACCGAUAUGCCUCCGCCUCCGCGACUUGCCCGGUCGGCUUCUCUCAGACAGCCUGCUUCCUCGAGCUCGAGCACGCCAUCCGUGACUAGAGGUCAUGCGCGGCAUCGCAGCCAGGGAAUCGGGCUACCUUCGGGGCCUCAAUCUCCGAGGAAAGUUGACCCUCCUUCGCCAUUUCCUACCUCCGCCACUGUACGGUCACGGGCUCAGCUCUCGACCUACCAACAACCGCUCUCCCCAAAGAAGGUGGCUAAGCCAACGACUGCAACACAAGCGGCAGAGUCGCCCGCCGUGGACGCAGAUUCCUCGUUACUUCCUUCGUCUUGGCCGGAGGUUGCAGUGCUACAAACUGAACUCUUACAAUUGAGCUUGGUGCACUUGUCUUCGUGCAAACAACACAUUGAAUGGGAGACUACCGUUGAAGCACGACUACGGAGCGAUUAUAAUUCAGUGGCAAGCGACUAUCGAGCGGCCCUGGGCGAUGAGAAAGAGUACCAGAGACAGCUCAACGGGCAUGCGUUGCAUCACUGGCUUGAGAACACGCGUGAGCGCAAUGAGCAACGAGGGUUUGCAGAGCAGAUACGGAUACUUUCUCAAGUAGCAGAGGAAGUCUACAAUCUCUCUGACAACUUGGAAGGACGGCACACAGUGGCUGUCCAGGAUUUCGAAGCCUGGUUUCAAAGAGUUGAGGAGAUACGGACAUUUCGUCUUCAUCAUGGUCGCAACUUGGACCAGGUAGUUUUUGUCGAUCCCUUGAACCAUGGUUGGCGGGACGAGACAUCUGCCUUGGUCAUGAAGCUUGAACUGUGCCUGAGACAACUGCAGAGCCUGGACAUUCUUGGAUAUGGCGAUCCGGGUCCUUUAGGCGACUCCGCGCUGUUUCGGACAGCCAAGGGGCUAGAAGAAAUGGCCAGCAUGAUGGUUGAGGAACUGAACACGAUCCGUAAGAUUGAAAGCGACGUCGUAAAGUCAGAACGCGAGUGGGUUAGUCAGCUGGCCCGGCAAUUGACUGCAAAUCCGGCACAUGAUCGGAAGGUUCCAGCAGUUGGAAUGUGGAGACGGCCGUCGUUGAACUCGUGAAUUUCGCUGUACGCCGAAGAAUUGGGGCGAAGGUCAAACUGGAAGGAACCUGUUACGGUCAACCUGUUCCGUUAUCGAACCCUAUCUUCCCCAGGGGUAUAGCAUGCAGUUUACUGCUUCUGCCGGAUCUACUAGCGUAAGCGGAAUCGAACCAUGGGACCGAUUCGCAGGCACCGUCUGCAUAGCC